AUGCAAUUUCAAUUAGCUUGCGCUUAUGCCAUCCAACAUUUGCUGAAUGAACGAAAUUUCGACCGUAUCAGAUUGAAAGCAUUUGCAAAAAAAUUAUCCGGACAUUGUCUGUAUGAUUUUUGGUUUGCAUUACUUGAAAGUACUCAUGCAUGGGAAAAAAUGUUCAAUUCCGAUAAUUUAGCACCAAAACAAACAUUAUCAUUAGCUUUUCAAUUUGCUAUUGUACACGGUUAUUGCGAGCUUGUUACAUUUAUAUGGAAUAAUAUCACGGAUCCUCAAAGAGAAUUUAUUGGAUUAUUGCAAUGGCGAAAAGUAUGUUUCAAAGCAAAAGACCGUGAAGUGUUGCAUUUCCUGUGUGAACGGCUUUGUACAAUCAAUGCAACGAGUCUUGCACGAAUUACGUGGAAUACUUUUUAUCAAACGCUUCAAAAUUCACUUAAGGAAGAUAAUAUAAGAUUUCGUGAGGAUGGUAUGCAUAAAUUAGCGUUUCUGUUGGAGAAUACUUGUCCACGUCUUCGUAGUGCAAUGCUUUCCAUGGAAAACUUCAGGGCAGUUACAGAUGCAUUCUUAUAUAAUCAAACGGAGCUUUUUACUCUCUUUUUGGACUAUCUUGAACCGGAACAAUUACAGCUUACACGUAAAUACAUUGAUCGUAUUUAUGAUCGCAAAAAAAAUAACGUAUCACGAAAACAACUCCGAAUAUUGUUACAUCGACAAUAA